AGGAUUAGAAAUAGGAAUUGAAUACGAAACACGAGUCCCUCACCGUCUGAAGAAAAGCCAAAACCAAACCACGCAAAAAAGAAGAGAAAGAAUUAAGCAAAGAAGAAGAACAAGAAAGAAAAAAACAAGGGGUUGCCCCUCUCUUUCUCUCUUUGGACUGAUUCCUUCCAUUCCCAUCUCUCUCUUUCAUAUAUUCUUUCAGAAAAAAGCAUAUAGCAUAGCAUCCAAGACAAUUGAGGCAAGCAAACCAAUAGAAAGCAAAGUUUUUGAAGAAAAGAAAAAAGAAAAAGUUUUAGGUAUAAACAAAUUGUUUGAUGGUGCUCUUGGUAAUAGUGGUUGUGUCCUCUUCUUUGAGAGUGGUGCACGGUUCGAAACUGUUUGAUAUUUUUCUCUAAAUUGAUUUUGAAGGGUCGUUGAAGACAUAGACGGAUCCAUGAUUUAAUGUUUAUGGAUUCCUGCAACAAUCUCGAGUAAAUUUUCAAUAGUAGUUGGGUUCUCAUUCAAAUAUUUAUAGACAUUUAGUAAAUUUUUCGAAUACAUUUACACUGUUUGAACAAAAAUUAUUGGAUUCACGUAAACUCGUAGGCGGCAAGGUAGAUUCACCCAUUAUUGAAAAAACUAUUAUAAUUCAUGGCAUCUUCUUCUAUUUCAUGUUGUUUAUGUGUUAGCCUUUAUUAUUAGCUCUUUCCCCUUCUCUCUCUUUCUCUUUUCUCUAUUCUAUCCCCACCAAUCACACCUCUUCAUUGCCAAUUUCCACAACCAUAAACUUAUCUUCAUAUAUUCAUUCAAUUCUCAUUUUUAAAUUCAUGGCUGUUCAAGCUCAAUACCCAUCAAAUGUUCUCUUUCUAAACAGAAAUGUACAAGAAGGAAAGAGCCAAAUUGGCAACAAUUAUUCAUUACAACAUCAACAAGGUGGAGGUUUUGGUGAAUCAUUUCUUGAUCCAACACAAAUGCUAUUCAAUCCAGGAGUUGGGGCGAAUUCGCGAAAGAGAGGAAGAGAACAUACCUCACCUACUACAACUGCAGCAUUGAAUCCAUUAAUCUCAAUGCAAUCUCAGCCGCAGCUCAUUGAUCUAACUCAGCUUCACACACCGCAGCAGCAGCAGCAACAACAACAACAAACAAAUAUUGUAUCUACAGGUCUUCGUUUAGCUUUCGAAGAUCAAUCGCAUCAACAGCGACAACUAUACUCUGUUUCUCCUCAAUCCUCUCAAUCAUCAAUUUUACUAAAAGAAGAUUUGGCUUCUCAUUUCAAACAGCAACAAGACGAAAUUGAACAUUUCCUCCGAGACCAGGGAGAACAAUUGAGGCUUACUUUAGAGGAGAAAAGGAAGCGGCACUAUCAUGCGCUGUUGGGAGCAGCGGAGGAAACAAUAGCACGAAGGUUAAGAGAAAAGGAUACAGAAGUAGAGAAAGCAACGAGACGCAAUGCGGAGCUAGAAGCGCGUGCUGUACAACUGACAGCGGAGGCGCGUGCGUGGCAAGCGAAGGCACGUGAGCAGGAAGUCACUGCGGCAACGCUGCAAGCACAGCUGCAGCAGGUGGCAAUGAUGAACGGCGGAAUCAACCUUCCAGAGAGAGAUGACGGCGGCGGAAUUUCCUGCUGCGGAGAGGCGGAGGAUGCCGAGUCAGCGUUCGUUGACCCGGACCGGGUCGUUGAGUCAACUGGACCGAGUUGCAAGGGCUGUCGAAAGCGGUUCGCUUCGGUUGUGAUGUUGCCGUGUAGACAUUUGUGUCUUUGUACAGAAUGUGAUGCUGUGGCCCAAUCUUGCCCACUGUGUCGAUCCAUUAGAAGCUCAAGUGUUGAAGUCUUUCUUUUUUAGCAGGCCCAAUUUAGGCCCACCUUUUUUCGUGUCAAAUACACAAAUAGCUCUCAAAGUGGAUGGUCUCGAUUUUUAGUA